GUAUAUUUUCAGUUAAUACUUUAUAUCAACCGGAGUAACACGUUCGUCGCUAUUUACAACGCAAAACUCCUCUAGUAGCCUUCGCAUGAAAUUUGAAGGUAAUCUAUUUUUUCUUUUAUACCAAAAGAUAGCAAAGGCAGUUUUGAAUAAAUUGGAGGAGUACUAUUCCCUGAUAUCAAAGGACAAGUAACAAAUUUUAUAAAAUUAUGAAGAAUUACCAACUAUUCAGUAUCAUUUUUAUGACAUUUUGUAAUGCACAAGAACAUCAAAAAGUGUACAAUUAUAUCGCGCCCAAUGAAAGUAUAGUAAAAACAGAGCAUUAUGUUUCCUAUAAAACUUCAUCAUCUAAUAAUCCUGUGGCCUCGUUACACGAAGAAGAUUCUUAUGAUGACAUGUUAUCAAAUGCAGUACAACAAAUGUGGAAAAAUGGACUUCGAAAUUUGAAAAAAAAGUUAGCAUUCAAUACAGCACGAGGUAAUCAAAAUUAUGUGCAGUUUUCUAUAUCGACAUAUUGUUACUCUAAUGGUACAUGUACUAUACGUCAGGCUCCAUGCUCUUGUGAAAUUAACGAUAAUGAUGAAACAUUAGGAAACGUUAAACCUAGUAAAAAUAUAAUUAAUCAAGGAAAAUCUCAAAAAACAACUACAAAAAUUCCACUAACUACUCUAAUUUCAAAGAAGCAGAAGGUGCAAAAUAACAAAACUACAAAUAUACCACCGAUUACUCCAAGUUCAAAAAAAAAAAAGGUGCAAAAUAAUGAAAUUACUAAAAGACCACUUAUCACCCAAAGUACAACGCAGCAUAAGGUGCAAAAUAAAAAAACUACUACUAAACCACCAGUUAAGAGCACUCAGUCAAACAAGCUGAUUGGAGGACUUACCAAUUUCGAAAUUAAUAAUAUCAGAAAACAACAUUUAGAACAAACUAAUAAGCUUAGAGCCAAACAUGGAGCCAAAAAGUUAUCUAUUAAUGACAAAAUGAACACGUUUGCUCAAGAUUGGGCUAUUCAUUUAGCUAAAAGUAAUAAGUUUGAGCAUAGACCAAAGUCACAGCAAAAAUACGGAGAAAAUUUAUUUGCAAGUACAGACAUUAAAAACUUAGGCAGAGAAUCAGCUUCUGAUUGGUAUGACGAAAUCAAUGCAAAUGAUGGUUUUAAUUUUAAAGGCAGUGAAAAAAGUAUGGCAGAUUCUUAUAAAACAUAUGGACAUAUGACUCAAUUACUUUGGAAAAAUUCAAAAGAAAUAGGAAUAGGUGUUUCAAAAGGUUCUAACGGCAUGUAUAUUAUAGUGACAAAUUAUUACCCUUCGGGAAAUGUUGUAGGGCAAUUUAAGAAAAAUGUGUCUCCAAAAUAAUAAAAUAUUAUAUGAAAUAAGCCAUGAAAUUAUUUAUUUAUUUUUGUAUAGUUGAAAUAAUUUAUUUGUUCAAAUCAUAUUAUUUUUAUAGUGUGAAAUAAUUCAAAUACAUAAUAUGAUUAAACAGAU